UGUAGUAAAAAAAAAGAAAAGAAAAGAAAAGAAAAGCCACCUAUUUGGAGUUGGAUCCGAGUGAUGUGAACCUGAACCAGCACCGUUAGGCAAUGGCCAGCAGAGAGCAGCAGCACACAAAGAAAGUCCCUCUCUUCCCAUUUCUCUCUCUCCUCUGCUUCGCUUCCAUCUUCCUCCUCCUCUCUCUCUCCAGGAAAACCUCCUCUCCCUCUCCUUCCCUCUCCCACUCCCACUACCGCACCUUCCAAACCCGGACCCCCGACUCCACUCCCUGCGACUACUCCGAUGGGUCCUGGAUCCAUAUACCCGACCCGAAACCCGCCAGGUACGACGCUACUUGCAAGGAGAUAUUCAAGGGCUGGAAUUGCAUCUCCAACAACAAAUCCAACGGUUUCGAUCUCACCACGUGGCGAUGGAUGCCCCGCACCUGUGAUCUCCCGCCGUUCGAUCCCCUUGCGUUUCUUCACAAGUUCAGAGACACCAACAUCGGGUUUGUUGGGGAUUCCUUGAAUAGAAAUAUGUUUGUUUCUCUGUUCUGCACCCUGAAGCGAGUGUCGAGUGAAGUGAAGAAGUGGCGGCCAGCUGGUGCUGAUCGUGGAUUUACGUUUCUUCGUUAUAAUCUUACCAUUGCAUAUCAUCGAACAAAUCUUUUGGCGCGUUAUGGUAGGUGGUCAGCUAAUGCUAAUGGUGGUGCGUUGGAGUCUCUUGGAUAUAAAGAGGGUUUUAGAGUUGACAUUGACGUACCAGAAGGCACAUGGGCAGAGGCUCCAGCCUUCCAUGAUAUUCUAAUAUUUAAUACAGGACACUGGUGGUGGGCUCCUUCAAAAUUUCACCCUGUGAAGUUACCCAUGCUUUUCUUUGAGAAGGGUGAGCCUAUCAUACCUCCAAUUCCCCCUCAUGUUGGCCUGGAUAUGGUUUUAAAACACAUGGUACUGUUUGUAGAGAAAAGAUUGCAACCAGGUGCGAUCAAAUUCUUUCGUACACAAUCACCUAGACAUUUUGAGGGAGGUGACUGGGACCAAGGUGGUUCUUGUCAACGGCUACAGCCUUUGUUGCCAGAGCAGGUUGAAGAAAUUUUCUCAUUGAAGAAUAAUGGAACAAAUGUCGAGGCACGCCUGGUGAAUGAGCACCUAUACAAAGCCCUCAAAGGGUCUGGUUUCCAUAUUCUGGACAUAACUCGCUUGAGUGAGUUUAGAGCAGAUGCCCAUCCAUCCACAUCUGGUGGAAAGAAACAUGAUGAUUGCAUGCACUGGUGCUUACCAGGAAUUACCGAUACUUGGAAUGAUUUGCUCAUAGAGCAUCUAAACAAUAUUAAGUUUAGAGAUUGAUACUUGAAAUUUGUUAUUAGCUUUGAUAUCCUGAGGUUAAUUGUUACAUAGAUAUGCACCAUUUUUGUACAAAUAAUUAAAUUAUAGAAUUCCCAAGAAGUAGAUUA